AUGCCACCAAGACGUAGACGUGGUCCAAGAGUGGAGAACAAUGUGGGGGAACAGGCAGAGGGAAGUGUCGGGAAUCUACCCCCGCCUCCACCACCACCCCUACCCCAACCAAAUGAAAGGGAAUACAUCAAGGCCUUUCGGAAAGAGAACCCACCCAAAUUUGAUGGAUUGGGAGAACCCCCGAAGGCGGAGGCAUGGGUACGCGACCUUGAGCGUAUAUUUGACUUUAUGGGAUGCACGGAUAGGGAACGCCUGGCCUGCAUGACUUAUCAACUGACAGGACCCGCUGAUUUUUUGUGGGAAACCAAGAAGAGAACCAUGGACCCCGCUCGUCGUGAGGCGCUUACUUGGGAAGAAUUUAAGGAAGAAGUGUACAACAAAUAUGUUCCCAUGAGUUAUCGGCGAUCGAAAGUAGUGGAGUUCCACACCUUAAAACAAGGAAACAUGACGGUCACGGAGUAUGACCGCGCCCUAUGUGAGAUGACUCGUUAUGCGCCAGAAUUGAUAGACACAGACGAGAAGAUGGCUACGAAGUUUCGUUCCGGCCUUAGACCCAAGAUAAGGGUAGCUGUGGCCAGUCGCAGGGGAAUUCCUUAUUCUGAGGUGUUGGGCUGCGCUCACGACGUGGAAGAAGCGCUACCCAAGAAUGAGAGGACAACAAAUCCUACACCGUCCGCACCCCUAUCGAACUUUAGAGACAAGAGGAAGUGGGAUGGAAACCGAGCUCCUUUUGACAACAAGCGGCGUUUUUCCACUUUUCGGCAACCGCAGAACCAUGGGCGCCAAGUUGUGCCACAUCAGAGGGGAAACCCGCAGAGAACACCCUACUGUAAUCGGUGUUCCAAGUAUCAUGUUGGGGAAUGCAGAAUUGGAGGCAUUCGGUGCUAUGCCUGCGGUGGAAAUGGGCACAUGUCUCGAGAGUGCCCAAAUAACAACAAGGGUGGAGCGAAGAAUGGGCAAGGACAGAGGCCACCCCAACAGCCACAACCAAUCCGACAAGUGGCCCCACAGCAAGCGAGGGCAUAUGCGCUAAGGGGAAAUCAAGGGCAGGAACCCCAAGCCAUCAAGGGCAAGGAGAAUUUGGCAGCUAAAAAUUCUGCAGGGCUGGCAGCUGCAUAG